AUGAUACAAAACUGCCAGGUCUACACGCCUGUGUGGACUCAACAAUUGCACAAAGCAAACAAUUUCCACAAGCACACGCCGCCCACUAUGACUCUGGCUGCCACUAAGCCGCUACAAGACUUCCUAAGCCCGCUGCGAACCGGCGAUUCGCAGCUGUAUGACGUCGCCUGCUCGUUCUCUAACGUCUUUAGCGACCUAGCCUCGAGCAGCGAUGACAGCCUGUUCAGUCCGGUGCCAGUGACCUAUCUGCCCAGCGGCCGCGAGAGUGGUCGGUUUCUAGCGGUGGAUGUCGGCAUCACCACGCUGAAAGUGGCCUUUAUCGACCUGCUCGGCGAGACGGCCACGAGAUCGCGCUCAAUGAGCAAUAUGAUCCGCAAAGCCCGCCAUUCGCACGUGCGCCGGACACUGGAAAAAGCAUGGCGGAUCGAGGACAGACUGAAGUACGACCAGCCGCACGAGCUGUUCUUGUGGAUCGGAAACUGCAUCGCUGAGGUCGUCAAAGAUGACUUGCUGUCGUCGAACUCGACCGAUGACGCCCCAUCCCACAUUGAAACCGGCAUUGCUUUCGGUCUUCCCAUCCGGCAGGACUCGCUCGAAGAGGCGACGCUCAUGCCGACGGGCAAAGGGUUCACCAUUGACUCUGAUCUAGACCUGCGAAACUCGAUUCUGCAAGGGUACGAGCGCCAUACUCAGCGAGGAGACGACGAUGGCGAACGCUCGACGAAGCGUCAACGACAUUACGCGCUUCCUAAGCUUAAAAUCACCGCUCUCACCAACGACGCCGUCGCUACGCUGCUGUCUCUAUCGUACUCAAUCAAGUCGUAUCCCAACAGCCGUGUGGCAAUGGGCAUUGUCCUCGAUGAGGGCUGCAACGCAACUAUCCCAAUGACCCUGUCCGAUCUCCAUCCGUCCAAAAGCCGGCCCAUUGCAACUCGGGAACCCAACGCAGCACAAACACUGGUCAGCACGGAAUGGACGCUGCACGGCGCAGCCGCGCCGCUUCACGAUCACGGAAUUAUCACCAAGUGGGAUAUGCAACUCGACUCGCAGUCCGCUCGGCCGGGCUUCCAGCCGCUCGAGUACAUGACGGGUGGCCGCUAUAUUGGCGAAUUGGUGCGGAUUAUCUGCCAUGAUUACUUCACCAGUAUACUCGGCAUCUCCGAACGAUCACUUCCUAUAAACCUCGUUCAGCCAUACAAGCUCCGCUCAGAUUUCCUCAUCACCAUGGUCUCAACGUAUUCAUCCACCACCACUCUCGCCGAAUGCCUCAACCGCGAUAUGCCGGCCCCGGCCUCCAGCGGCUGGACCUGGACAGGCAAGACAGCCAGCGUGCUUCGCGAGAUCCUACAGGCCGUGCAGGCCCGAUCAGCCGCGCUGGUCGCCGCCGCAACCGUCGGUCUGCUGGCCUCUAACCACGAGAUCUCUCUGCGAGACCCGCGCACUCCGCCGUUCAGCCACAGUCUGCUGCUGAGCUGCUCUCCGUCGAAAAGCUUCCACGAGAUGACGUUUGGAUCGCGCCCGACGGACUGGCGCGGCGGGCCUGAGGAACUCGUGGUAGCCUGCAUUGGCGGCGUGAUUCAGCAGUAUCCCAAGUACAUUGAGAACUGUCAGCGGUAUAUCGACCGCUUGGUGAUUCAGUGCGGACCGCAAGAAGGGGGCAAGAGUAUCUUUCUGCGGGAAGCGAGCGAUGGGGUUAUCAUAGGCGCGGGCGUUUUGGCAGGCAUGGUUGGGCAGAGGACGAAAUUAACUUAG